AUGUACCUCAGAGAGGAAGAAGAAGAAGAAGAAGCAAAAGAAAGAGAAAUGGACGCAGAGAAGGCUAAUAAAAAUGGGCAUCUCUCUUCCUCUUCCACCGAGCAGCACGAGCGUUGUCCGGUGGAAGAAGUAGCUCUCGUGGUCCCUGAGACCGACGACCCAACUCUGCCGGUGAUGACAUUCAGGGCAUGGUUCUUGGGUCUGACCUCAUGCGUCCUCCUCAUCUUCCUCAACACUUUCUUCACAUACCGCACGCAGCCGCUCACCAUCUCCGCCAUCCUCAUGCAAAUCGCCGUCUUGCCCAUCGGAAAGUUCAUGGCUCGGACUCUCCCCACAACUUCGCACAAGCUCAUGGGAAAAGAAUUUAGCUUCAAUCCAGGCCCUUUCAACAUCAAGGAGCACGUCAUUAUCACCAUCUUCGCCAAUUGCGGCGUCGCUUACGGUGGUGGUGACGCUUACUCCAUCGGAGCCAUCACCGUCAUGAAAGCUUACUAUAAACAGAGCCUUACCUUCAUCUGCGGUCUCUUCAUCGUCUUGACCACUCAGAUUCUGGGUUACGGCUGGGCUGGGAUUCUGAGGAGGUACCUUGUUGAUCCAGUCGACAUGUGGUGGCCUUCGAAUCUCGCUCAAGUUUCUCUCUUUAGAGCGUUGCACGAGAAGGAAGACAAAUCAAAAGGCUUGACGAGGAUGCAGUUUUUUCUACUAGCUCUCGGCGCUAGCUUCCUCUACUACGCGCUUCCAGGCUAUCUAUUCCCAAUCUUGACUUUCUUCUCAUGGGUGUGUUGGGCUUGGCCUAACAGCAUCACGGCUCAGCAGGUUGGCUCAGGGUACCAUGGUCUUGGCGUUGGAGCCUUCACGCUUGACUGGGCUGGUAUCUCUGCUUACCAUGGAUCUCCCUUGGUGGCCCCUUGGUCCUCUAUCCUCAACGUUGGUGUUGGUUUCCUCAUGUUCAUUUACAUCAUCGUCCCUGUCUGUUACUGGAAGUUCGACACUUUCGACGCCAGGAAGUUCCCAAUCUUCUCCAACCAGCUCUUUACCUCCACUGGCCAGAAGUACGACACGACCAAGAUCUUGACUCCGCGGUUCGAUCUUGAUAUCAAUGCCUAUAACAAUUACGGGAAGCUUUACCUCAGUCCUCUCUUCGCACUCUCCAUCGGAUCUGGUUUCGCUAGAUUCACUGCAACGCUGACUCAUGUAGCACUGUUCAAUGGCAGGGACAUAUGGAGACAGACUUGGUCUGCAGUGAAGACUGUGAAGCUUGACGUCCAUGGGAAACUGAUGGAAAGAUACAAACAAGUGCCUGAGUGGUGGUUUUACAUAUUGCUGGCAGGAAGUGUAGCCAUGUCUCUCCUCAUGUCCUUUGUGUGGAAGGAGUCAGUGCAGCUUCCAUGGUGGGGAAUGCUCUUCGCUUUUGCAUUGGCCUUUAUUGUCACUCUCCCUAUCGGUGUCAUUCAAGCAACUACAAAUCAGCAACCAGGGUAUGAUAUCAUAGGGCAGUUCAUAAUCGGUUAUAUCCUGCCUGGAAAGCCAAUUGCGAACCUGAUUUUCAAGAUCUACGGGAGAAUCAGCACGGUCCACGCUCUCUCCUUCUUGGCAGACCUAAAGCUUGGCCAUUACAUGAAGAUCCCACCUCGCUGCAUGUACACUGCUCAGCUUGUUGGCACUGUGGUGGCUGGUGUGGUGAAUCUGGGAGUGGCGUGGUGGAUGCUUGAGAGCAUUCAAGAGAUAUGCGACAUCGAAGGAGUGCAUCCCAACAGCCCCUGGACUUGCCCCAAGUACAGAGUGACGUUUGACGCUUCGGUUAUUUGGGGGUUGAUAGGACCAAAACGUCUGUUUGGAGCAGGAGGCUUAUACCGUAACCUUGUCUGGCUCUUCCUCAUUGGAGCUGUCUUGCCUGUUCCUGUGUGGGUGAUGAGCAAGAUCUUCCCAAACAAGAAGUGGAUCCCUCUCAUCAACAUUCCGGUUAUCUCCUACGGAUUUGCAGGGAUGCCUCCGGCUACUCCGACCAACAUCGCUAGCUGGCUGGUCACAGGAACCAUCUUCAACUACUUUGUGUUCAAUUACCACAAGAGAUGGUGGCAGAAGUACAACUACGUCCUCUCUGCAGCGCUCGAUGCAGGUACUGCUUUCAUGGGAGUGCUCUUGUUCUUCGCUCUGCAGAAUGCUGGACACGAGCUCAAAUGGUGGGGUACUGAAGUCGACCAUUGCCCUCUUGCUACGUGUCCCACCGCUCCUGGAAUCAGAGUUAAAGGCUGUCCUGUUUUCUAA